CAUUUGGGAGCUUUGAUUUUGGUUUAGUUUGUGCCUGGUUUCGCACGUGUCAUUCGUCAUGCUAAGUCUCGGCAGCUCUCUGGACCGGAGAGCCAAGAACAGGUUGAUGGAGAGUUUUGACUGAGAGGUUGGCAGCUUGACAUCGAAAAGAUGGCUCCGCAACUCGCCAUUUCCACUACGUUUCCCUUUUGUUUUCCCCCUCUCAAUCAACUACUCGUAUGGCUCGAGUCGGCUCAACGCAGACUCCACAAACAAGUGACGCCCCUCUUCUUCCCUAUCAACUGCCUCAUCGGGUUGGCCCGAGGGCCGACCUGUUUCUAGCCCCCCUCUCCAUGAACACAGCUCAAGAGCACGGUCAGAAGGUCCGAAUGCGCAUUCGCGAGAGCUCGGUUUCAAGCCUGCAGUUGCACCGCCCCACUAUCCCUUGUCUUGCUGAGAGCUGUCACACUUACACACUGCCGGCAUUGGGCUCUUCCCUGGUCUGCCGUGACAAGACACAUAACUCGAUCCCGGUCGAGCUCAGCUCAGGGUUGUCGUCAGCGAAACAAUAGCUUGCUGUCUUAUAAGAAGUCCCGACGGGCCAGCGCAUGAUUGACAUGCUACCUAUCUCCUAGGUGAUAUCUCCCCCUCAUCACAUCGCAAGCGCUAUCCAAACAGGUUUACUGCCUACCAUCGCACGUUCGACCCAAAUAGUCCAGGUUAAUUCAGUGCCGUCCAUCCGAGUCGUCAUUGUCGCUUCUUGACCGUAACGGGCAGGUAUUUAAGUCGUCACCCUGAUCCGCCAAGCUAGUGUUCAAGCUCCCUUGUCACAACCACUUGACCUAACCAACCAUCCUACACACACAUACUCACACUCACACUCACACAAAACAAAAAGCUCAUUUUCUCAAUCAUACAAGAUGGAAGCAUUCCUCAAAGCUCAAGCUAAGUUCAAGGCCGACAAGGGCCUCUCCAAGAUCCCUGUCAUCGCCAACAAGAACUACCAGCGUCAUGGCACAAAAUCCUACGUCUACCUGCUCAACAAGUUCAAGUUCGAACCGACAAAGCCGGGCCCCUAUGUUCAGACAAGAAGAAUGGCCCAGAGAGGGCUUGCAGCCCCCGGGUUCAAUGCUGCCGUCGGCGGUCGUGUCUCCAUGAGCAAGGUUCUCUCCAAGAAGACUGGCGACGACCAGCAUGGGGAUGUUACAGCCGAAGACCAGCAAUAUGACUCCAUGUACCUUUGCGAAGUCUCAAUCGGCACGCCACCGCAAAAGUUCAAGUUGGACUUUGACACAGGUUCUUCUGACCUUUGGGUUUUCUCGACCGAGCUUAGCAGCGCCACGCAGAAGGGUCACAACAUCUUUGACGCCUCCAAGUCCUCAACUUACAAGAAGCUCGACGGAAAGACGUGGAAGAUCUCGUACGGCGACGGCAGCUCGGCGUCAGGCGAUGUCGGCACCGACAACCUCGUCCUCGGCGGGCUAACAGUUGAGAACCAGGCCAUCGAGUCAGCCUCGCAGCUCGCAGACCAGUUCUCCCAGGGCAGCGGAGAUGGUCUCCUCGGUCUCGCCUUCGGAUCUAUCAACACGGUCAUGCGCGAUGGCAACUUCCGCGACCCCGUCGCCACACCCGUCGAGAACAUGAUUGCGCAGCAAGACAUCCCCAAGGACGCGGAGCUCUUCACCUCUGCGUUUUAUAGCGAGCGGGACGAGGCGAAGCCACGGUCGUUCUACACAUUUGGCUGGAUCGACACGGAUCUCGUCUCGGCCUCGGGCGAGGAUAUCCACUGGACCGACAUUGAUAACUCGCAAGGGUUCUGGAUGUUCGAGUCCGGGUCCGCGAGUAUUAACGGCAAGGCCGUGACGCAGAGCGGUAACAAGGCCAUUGCAGACACGGGCACGACGCUGGCGCUCGUCUCAGAUGAGGUCUGCGAUGCGCUGUACAAGGCGAUCCCCGGUGCCAAGUACGAUGACCAGCAGCAGGGCUAUGUGUUCCCGACGAGCACCAAGGCGGACGACCUGCCCGAGUUCAAGGUCGCCGUCGGUGACAAGGAGUUUGUGAUUCAGAAGGAGGACCUUGCGUUUGCGCCGGCGAGUGAUGGGUUCUGGUACGGCGGAGUGCAGUCGCGGGGUUCCAACGAGUUUGACAUUUUGGGUGAUGCGUUCCUGAAGUCGAUUUAUGCGAUCUGGGAUCAGGGAAACACUCGAUUUGGCUGUGUUCCGAAGAUUGAGAAGACGCAGAAUCUCACACCGCCGUCUUAAAACAUUAUGCUGUUGUGUCAUAAGACACUCAUGAAUUCAAUUGAGCGAGAUGUUCCUCUAGCGGGA